CCUCGCCUGGAGGGCUGCGCAACGCCCACAGGCACCGGGCAUUCUUCCCUGGGAGCAGCGCCUUUCUCUCAUUCUCUCGUACACCGCUUGCACGCUGCUCUUCCCUCGUCGCGACAGGCCAUUGGUGUUGUGUCAGCCCGCGCCGGUGGAGCCUUCGACGACUGGCCUUCAGCUUCUUCGGCUGCUUUGCUGGCACUGACAUAUAUUGAUUGGCGUUGGACCAGCAGGACCCACCGAAGUGGCCGACAGAACAGCAACGAAGCCACUGGACACGCGCGCAGAAGCGACCGCAUUCCUCGAACAUCCGCGCCGCCAUGCCUUCAAUCCUGUCCGAAGAGGACAAGCAGACGGUCAAGCGCACAGUGCCGAAAGCGAGCAACAAGAUUCAUGCAGUCGCCGUUGCGAAGCUGUACGUCGCAUACCCGAAUCGCUCGCGAUGGACAUACACAGGACUGCAGGGAGCGGCCGUGCUGGCGAACGAUCUGGUCGGUAAUACUUUCUGGAUCAAACUCGUCGACGUCUCCCCCGCAAACCGCGGUGUGAUAUGGGAUCAAGAAAUCUUCGACUCAUGGAGCUACAACCAGGAUCGCACCUUCUUCCACACCUUCGAGUUAGAGGACUGCCUGGCCGGGCUGAGCUUUGCCGAUGAGAAAGAGGCGAAGCAGUUCAAGAAGAAGAUGGAUGAACGGGAGAAGAAUGCACACAAGAACACCAGGAACAAGCCAUUUGCCAGCGGUGCGUCGCUGAACGGGGGAGCAUACGCAGGUGGACAGCCUGUAGAGCAGCAAGGCGGGCGAAAAAGUAAGCUAGGAUUAGGAGGUCUGUUCGGACACAAGAACCACUCGCAGCCGCAAGCUUCCACGCAGAGCAUCAUUCCACCGCGCGGCGUCCAGAUUAACGACUCAGCGCACAACAGUCCUAACAGAAGCAGGGCGAAUACCGCCCAAUCGAGCGACAUUGACUUGAGCGACCCUGCUGUGCAAGCCGUAUUGGACGACUUGAUGCAAAUGGGUAUUACCAGGGACCAGAUUCACGAACAUUCGGCAUUCAUUAAAAGCUACCUGGAGCAAAACAAAGCCACACAGGCUGCACAGGCUGAGAAACAGGAACGCGCCGCUAGAGCACCUCCGCCGCCUCCUCCCGAUGCUGCCAGGGUUAGCCCACAGAACACUGGUAGCACAGGAAGAGGGCCUCCACCUGCACCGCCGCCGUCCAGAAGAAAGGCUGGAGGCGGCCCCGCUGUGCAAAGACCACCAUCACCUUCACCCAGUCCCCCAAGAUCUGAGUCGCCCGCAAGAAGGACCUUCAAAGUGCCGCCACCUCUCGCUGAUGCAGGAUCCAAGGUCCAUGCGCCUGUACUGCCCGGCCGUAAUCGUGCUACAAGUCAGAGCAAUCCAGGUCCACCACCUCCUCCGAGACCACCGAAAGAGCCUGCUGAGGACACACCUCCCUCGUCAGCACGUUUCGCAGUUCCGCCUCCGUUCGAAGGCAAGCGAGCUCCCGCUAACCCAGUUCCGCCCCCGCCGCCGCGGUCGGCGAACGCUGUGCCUCCGCCCCCACCUCCUCGAGACAGCCAAGCUCCAUCUGGAGUGCCUCCGCCGCCUCCCCCUCGAGACUCACCUGCUCGGAACUCCUUUGGCAAUGAUGUGCACGCGGUGCCCCCUCCGCCUCCUCUUCCUCCUACUGCUAGUCGACCCGUCCCCGGACCACCAGCUGCACCUCCGUUGCCACCACCGAACGCAGCGAAUGCACCACCUCCACCACCGCCGUUACCACCUACCUCAAGUGCGGCGCCUCCUCCGCCUCCUCCUUUGCCACCUACUUCAAAUGCUGGACCGCCUGCACCUCCGCCGCCUCCUCCAAUGCCAGGUCGUGCUCCUGGCGUGCCCGAAGACAGCGCCGCUGCGCUACCGAAAGUCGCAGCACCCGGGCGCGACGGUCUUCUUGCGGACAUUCGUGGUGGCGCGAGGCUCAAGAAAGUAUCAGACACCGAGAAACGAGAUCGGAGUGCUGCCAUGGUUCCUGGAUCUGAGGCUGCUGCAGCCCCCGCAGCGAGCUCGACCGGUGGCGGUGAUGCAGCGCAAGGGGGAUUGGCUGGUGCACUUGCGUCAGCUUUGGCGGCUCGAAAGAGCAAAGUCAGUCAUUCUGAUGACGAAAAAGAUGACGACGAUUGGUAGUUGUAUGUAUCAGCAUGUCUUGACUGCAUCGGUGCUCAAGACGCUGUAUUAUGAAUGGAGAGAAGACGCGGACAGAGACAGUGCCGUACCUGUAAAUAGCCAAGAAAGAACGAAGUUUCACCUGCUCCAUCCAGACCAUA